AUGUCGACGGUUGCCUUGCCCAAUAGCGAUUUCCAGUCGCACAUCACCGUCCAAGACCUGAGGUCCCUGGCGGCCACGUUCGACAUCAAGCUCCAAUCGGGCUCAGACGAAGAUGCCUACUUGACUCUGCUCCAGUCGGCAGAAGCCAUUUACGAAUACUUCGAGACCGUGGAUGACUAUAUCGUGCCAUCCCUGGUCCCGACCGCGACUGUCUCGGAGCGGACCUUUUGGCGACCGCGGCAGGAGGACAACGUUCUGAAUGCUUGGAGCCAUCGUUGCGAUCUGAGAGCGGCGAACCCGGAGACCAGUCUGCUGGCUGGGCGCUCGGUUGCCUUCAAGGACAACAUUUGUGUAGGAGGCCUGCCUACCACCCUCGGAACCCGCUCUGGCCUCGUGUCCAACGAAGGCGAAGGCGACAAUUACCCGAUAUCGACCAUCGAUGCGAGCGUUGUUUCCAGGGUGCUGAAUGCUGGGGCGACGGUCAAGGGAACAACGACGUGCGAGACCUAUUCAGCUUCCACUCUCUCGUCCACCUCUUUCGGCGGCCCGGUCCAGAACCCCUGGGCGCAUGGCUACAACGCUGGCGGUAGUAGUAGCGGCAGCGGCGCGCUGAUAGGAGCGAAUCUGGUAUCGAAGCUCCAGGGCACUCAUUUUGGCGAGAGGGUGGACUUGGCCAUCGGCGGUGACCAGGGGGGCAGCAUUAGACUCCCGGCAGCCUACAACGGGUGCUAUGGCCUGAAAGCCACGCAUGGUCUGAUCCCUUACACCGGAGUCAUGCCUCUGUCGCCUAUGGUGGACCAUGUCGGGCCCCUGGCCAACAGCCUGCAAGACAUUGCACUGUUGCUGCAGGUAUUGGCAGGAUACGACGGCCUCGACGCUCGAAUGACGGCGGAAGCACCCUUGAGAGAGAAUGUGCUCGACUACCCAGCCCUCCUUCGCGAAUCCUUUGCUGAGGCCCAGGCCCAGUCACCAUCACCAGCAUCACAACGGCAGCCGUUGCCUUCCUUCACCGUCGGGCUGCUCAAGGAAUCUUUCCACGUUCCAGGCAUGGACCCCGUCGUCGCUCAACACGUUUACGAGACGGCCAAGCAAGCCUUUGAGAAGACAGGGGUGCGCGUUGUCGAGGUGUCGGUUCCUCUUCACUCCGACGGGCCUUUGAUCUGGACGGCAUCAACUCGCGCCACCAUGGCGGACUGGGCCGUCGCUGCGCAGACCCCAGGCUACCUCACUCACCAACCUCCUCAUAUGAAGUUGCAAUGGCCCCCCAACCAGGACAUGUACGAGACGCUGUCGGACACCAACCCGACCGUCAUGAACCUCGUCUUCAGCGGCGCCUUCCUCAAGGAUAGGUACGGCCCCGGAGUCGAGGCCAAGGCCCAUCGGAAGGUGUUCCAACUGCGGCACGCGUACGACGAGGCCUUGCGCCACGUUGACGUCCUGGUCACCCCGACCACCAUUGGCCUGGCCUCGCCACAUCCGGAGCUCCAACGCGACGGAAAGCGCACGGGGAUCAUGGAGAGAAUCAACCCAGCCAUUGGGCUGAGCAGCAAUACUUGUCCUUUCAACGUCACCGGCCAUCCGGCCCUGAAUGUUCCCUGCGGCUUUGAAAAGGAUCUCAAGACCGGCCAUUUUCUACCCGUGGGAAUGCAGAUUAUCGGACGGCGAUGGGACGAAAAGAUGGUCCUGAAGGCCGCCGCCUUCUUUCAAGUCGGGCAGCAGUGUCAGUCUCCGGCUCAGAGUUCGGGCUCAUCUCAACCAGGGCCACUGCACCUGUAA